AUGACGCCAACAAAUAAGAUCCUUUCUCUUCAGUGUAAACGGAAGCGAACAGUGACGAUUUCCCCGUUGGCGUUUUUAUUGUUGUUAUUUAGACUUUUAUUAACACCGUGGAACUCAAUAUGACUAAUUUACCUGGACAGCAUCACAUACUUGCCUAAGGUAGUGUUUAAUUCACGUUGGAGACAGGCCUUGGUUGAUAGUUAGCAGCUAACUUAGCGAAAAAUGGCUAACGUGAACAGUAUGGUUUUUCACACUCAAAUAGCCUCCAUCAUGGAGGUGCUAGCGAAUGCAGCCGUGGCAGAGAUCUGUAAAGUCGUAGACGACGAGUAUACAGUGUUUCGUUUGGAAAUAACUCAAAGCCAGAAAGAAAACAGGGCAUUGCGGAGGAAACUACAGCUACUGGAACUGAAAGUGUCACGAGAGCGCGGCCUCGCCAGUCCCAGUAGUGUAAAGAUCCUCGACCGAUACAGAGGAGUGGAAAGAGGUGAAGAACAUCUCACUGCAGGCCACAGGAGCUUUAUGAAGCGAACAGGUCACAAUACAUGGAGAGAAGACCAACCAAUCACUGUUGAUGAGGGGAGUGGAACCUCAACCCAGCAAGUUAUUGUGAUCGAGUCUGCAGAUGCAGAGUCUGCAGAUGCAGAGGCUGCAAGUCCUGGGGUGAAGCAGGAGAAGACUGAAGCAGAGGAGGAACCAUGGCACAGCAGAGACAUCCAGACUGGAGCUCACCCUGUAGCCAUGGAGUACCCCACCACUGCCACAGUGCUACCCAUGACCAGACGCAGCAUCACGGAGGUCAGUGGAACGCCGAACGCCGUCCUCAAGUCAGAGACGUACACCAAGACUAUAACAGGGCUGGGCUGUCCUGCUCCCCGCUCAGAAUAUUUCCAUUACGGUAACCCGAGGACUGUUCUGUCCCAUCAGAACUUGGGUGACACGUUACAGACUGGCAAUGAUCCGUCCUGUUCAUACACUACAGAGAUACCUGGUGACAUGCCAGUCGGCUUAGAGACACAGACUAAUCCAAUGAGAGGGGCCUGGAACCGGUACAGUAGUAGUGUACACUCUGAAGGGUGCCUAGAUAAGAAAGGAGAGGGUCUGGUCAUAGAUGAGAUGACUGUGAAAGUGGAGGGCGAGGCUCCUCUGACAUGGAAUGCAGACGAGACUCACUUCAGAGAAGGACACUCGCAGGGCAACUCCAGUGAUUUCUUAGACUACAGGGAAAGCUUAGAGACAAAUCUAAAUGUCCCGACCCACUCCCCUUUACACCCAGUGUCCAUGUCGAUGGCACCUUCCGAUUCACAAGGCUGCAUCCUUUUCGAUCAGGUAUUGAACUCAAACGACCAAAGGGCCAAGCCGUGGGGAGAGGUAGCAACAACGGGCGGUAAAGAUAAGCAGUUCUUCUGCAUGUUCUGUAACAAAGGCUUUAGCUGCCCACAGAAGGUGGAGAUCCACCAGAGAGUCCACACAGGGGUGAAACCCUUCAUCUGUACCCAGUGUCACAUGCGCUUCGCCCAUGCUGGCAACUUGAAGAGGCACCAGCGGUUCCACACAGGUGUAAAACCCUUCAAAUGUACCCAGUGUCACAUGCGCUUCACCCAGGCUGGUGACCUGAAGAGGCACGAGAGAGUCCACACAGGGGAGAAACCCUACAGGUGUCCCCAGUGUGAGAAGAGGUUCUCCCGUCAGGAUCAGCUGAAGAUGCACCUGAAGGUCCACACGGGAGAGAAGCCAUUUGCCUGUACUCACUGUGGGAAGAGGUUUUCAGAGAGGACCUACCUCAGGAUGCACCAGCAGAAACACCAUUCCACUCUAUAACAUAGAAAGUAACCAUUCUAUUCAAUAGCUUCUGACGUUUAGAUCAAACUCUGCAUUAAAGACUAAGAUGAAUGUUCAUUGUUGUCAGCAGAAAAGAUCAACAGAUACAUCUGAGCAUAAGAGAGUAACAGAUUUCUGUGUUGAAUAUUCCUGGGUAGAUUAUUGCAUCCAGACAUUGUGUGAUAAGGCAUAAAUAAGUCUACAAAAGUCUGUAACAUAGUGUUUGUACUGUGUAGGCUAUAUGAUGUUCACACAUUUUCCCAAGACACUUAAUGCAGAUUUGUAGUUGAGAUAUGUGUAUGUCUGGUUUUCAUAUGGUGUAUAAACACAAAAUGGGAAUGUUCAUUUUAAGGCUUUCAUUGAGACUCUCUUUAGUACACAUCACAUCUGAUCUCACGCUUUCGAACCAAUAUACACUUACUAAAUAUACCUACACCUACCCACACACUAACACCUACUGUACACGUUAAAAUAGUUGUCAGGUUUGUCUAACUUUUGACUUACCAUAGCUGAAUCAUAUUUAUGUCCACCACAAUGGGUUUAACAACAAUGAAGUCAUUCUGUAACUACAGUAUAGGACUCAAACAUAGUGGGGAUGGGCAAACACUCCCUUUUGAAAGUGUGAUUUGUCUGUGUAUGUACCUGAGGGAGUGCAUGUCUGUGUAAUCUGUAUCACCUGUCUCUUCCAGGAGGAGGAGGGUCAGGAGGUGCUGCUGGUGAAUGAGGAGGGGUGUGAGGAGGGUCUGGGGAACCCUGAGAGGACCAUGG